CCUUAAUAAUUUCAAGAUGGCGGCGAGCAGAAGACUAGCUAAGGAACUUGAAGAGAUUCGCAGGUCUGGAAUGAAAAACUUCAGAAACAUUCAAGUUGAGGAAUCAAACCUUUUGUCAUGGCAGGGUCUCAUUGUUCCUGACAACCCCCCAUAUGACAAAGGUGCGUUCAGGAUUGAAAUCAUUUUCCCCACUGAGUACCCGUUCAAGCCUCCCAAAAUCACCUUCAAGACAAAGAUCUACCACCCCAACAUUGAUGAGAAGGGUCAGGUGUGUCUGCCUGUUAUCAGUGCAGAGAACUGGAAGCCCGCUACCAAAACUGACCAAGUAAUCCAGUCCCUGAUUGCUCUGGUGAACGACCCACAGCCUGAACACCCCCUGAGGGCAGACUUAGCAGAAGAAUACUCAAAGGACCGUAAAAAAUUCUUGAAGAAUGCCGAGGAGUUUACAAAGAAACACGGAGAAAAGCGGCCAAUGGACUGAUCACAUGACAGCCCCCACAUCCCCCUGCUCUUCUAACCAACAUGCUUGUUCACUCUUCUUCCCCUUCCUCUCUUCCCCUGCAGCCCGGGGGCUGCCAGCCUGACAGCAGGCUGGGACAGUCUAAGGACUGCCCCCCUCUUCAGGAUUCUGUGGAUCAGGCAGCAUCUUCCUCCUCCUCCUCCUCAGCUCCAGAUCUUCAGGCCUUCUCUAACUUUUUACUCUUUCUUAAGGUGAAAUGGAAACGGAAAAGUUGCUCACACUGAGUUAGAUGGUUCAAUGUUUUCUUUUAAACAUCCAUCAGGUUUUGGGAUAAACAGAACCACCUGUGUUUUAUUUCUUUUGUUCCUAAAAAUCCAGAGUUAACGUUUAAACUUUGACAGAAUUAAAGCUGUAGCUGGGACCCUGACUAAAAUAUAUCUGCCUUAUGUAUCUCCGUUUAUUUGUAGAAUUGCACUGGACGCAAAAGUUGCUGGUUUCCAGCAAACACUCCAAACGGAUCAACAUUCAUAAACGACCCACACGUUGUGUUUUUUCUUUUUUGAACUUCUUUCGAUUGAUUUGUUCAGUUUCUCUGUAUGACUCAUCGCUUCUGUUUUUCUCCAGUUCACAUUGUUUUAAUUGGCACUUGAUAUAAAAUUUCCUG